AGCGAAGCGCGCCGUGAUUGGUCACGAUAUUUCACGAACGGGUCAAUGUCUGAGCAUCUGAAAUUAAUGGUGAGGUGAGACCCGUUUGCGAUUUGCGGAACGGAUAAAAAUGGUGUAAAACAGUCGACCCGGGUGGCAAAUAAUGAGGUGUACCAAACAGAUCGCGUGAGCGUCCGCACGAUAUUCAUCAGCACAUCAUCGAGAACAGCAGCAGCAAACAAAAAGCGAGUGAACGCGAGAGUCUACCCUGCUGCCGCGGUGGAAGGAAAGAAGGACGAAGGAGGAAGAUUCUAUUGCAGAUUCCGGAGAUCGAAGUGAGCGAAGGAAAGAAGAAAGGCGAGAGAUAUCUGUCGGUGGCGGUGCAAUACAUCAUCAUAAUACUCUCUAUUGCUAGAUUCAGUGUGCGUGAGUGAGCUGCUGCAGGAGGAGAUAUAGUGCGUGUGGCAAAAAGGAGGACAAGAGUGCGACACAGCCAAUCCAUCCAUCACACGAUCAUCAUCAUCCGUUGCUGGGUAGGAAGUAGGUAGUGUGUAGGGUAUUUCGAAGGAAAGAAAUGUGAUUGAGAAAAAGGGAGACCAUCAUCAUCAACGUCGUCUUCGUGGUUGUCGCCGCCGCACGCAGAACCCUGCGAAGCUGCUCCCACAACACCCGAGAGAAGUGCAGCAGUACCCACGUACUACAUACUUAGAGAGCCAUACAACAAUACUACAUAGCAAAUAGAGAGAGAGAUAUAUAUAAUAGAUACAUUAUAUAUAUAUACGUAUACGUAGUACACGGACGGCGUAUAGGAUAGAUAGAUAAUAUAGCGAGCCGCUAUAUAAUAUAUAUUCUGUGUGUAAGACGCCCGGAGUUAGGCAUAGUUAGCUAGCUGGUAGCAGUUAGCAUCCUCUCUCCGACGACGAAUAGAGAGAAUAUACAUCGCGUUUUUCGUGUGUGUCGACACACCGAGUGUGGGAUUUUUGGUGGAAGAUAUUGAGUGUGUGUGUGGUGGAGUGAGAUGAGCGGAAGGCCGAGAACGACGUCCUUCGCGGAGGGCAAUAAGCAGCCGUUGAAUCCGCCACUCGGAGGCAUCAAAAUCAGCAGUGGUUAUUCAGGUAAAGACGGGGGCAAAGUGACUACGGUGGUGGCGACACCGGGCCAGGGACCGGACAGGCCUCAGGAAGUCUCCUACACCGACACCAAAGUGAUAGGAAAUGGCAGCUUCGGCGUCGUCUACCAGGCGAAGCUCUGCGACAAUGGCGAAAUGGUCGCGAUCAAGAAAGUACUUCAAGAUAAGAGAUUUAAGAAUCGCGAGUUACAAAUCAUGAGGAGGCUCGAACAUUGUAACAUAGUCAAACUAAAAUAUUUCUUUUAUUCUAGUGGUGAUAAGAGGGCGGUGAUUCCGUGCAAUUUGAGCAUUUUGAUGAGUCAAAGUUCGCAGAAAGACGAAGUAUACCUGAAUUUGGUAUUGGAAUACAUACCGGAAACGGUGUACAAAGUGGCAAGAUAUUACAGUAAAUCAAAACAGACAAUUCCCAUCAGCUUUAUAAAGUUGUACAUGUACCAGUUGUUCCGUUCGUUGGCGUACAUCCAUUCGUUAGGCAUAUGCCACAGGGACAUCAAGCCGCAGAACCUUCUUCUGGACCCGGACACCGGCGUGUUGAAGCUGUGCGACUUCGGAAGCGCCAAGCACCUGGUCAAAGGUGAGCCGAACGUCUCGUACAUCUGCAGCAGAUACUACAGAGCCCCAGAGCUGAUAUUCGGGGCCAUCGACUACACCACUAAGAUCGACGUCUGGAGCGCUGGAUGCGUUCUAGCCGAGCUCCUCCUCGGUCAGCCGAUCUUCCCAGGCGACUCAGGUGUCGACCAGCUAGUCGAAAUCAUCAAGGUACUCGGCACACCAACCAGGGAGCAGAUCCGCGAAAUGAAUCCAAACUACACCGAAUUCAAAUUUCCACAGAUCAAAUCACAUCCCUGGCAGCAGUCAUUGCUGGAACGAAUGUCGCUCCCAAAAUGCACCACCGAGCAUCAAAAGAUACGCAAACGUGUCCUGCAGGUGUUUAGGGCCCGCACCCCGCCGGAGGCCAUCGACCUUGUGGCACGACUCCUGGAGUACACGCCGUCAUCCAGGAUCAGUCCGUUGCAGGCAUGUGCCCACUCCUUCUUCAGCGAGCUGCGCGAGAGGAACACCCGUCUACCCAACGGCAAUGAGCUGCCGCCGCUUUUCAACUUCACUGAACAUGAGUUGAACAUUCAAUCAAAUUUGAAUUCGAUAUUGAUACCGAGGGGAUCACAGGAUGCGUCGAAUAGUCCACAGGAUGGGGCGGGAACAUCGGGGGCGGCGACCGCCGACGGAAAUGAGGCACCAGCGGCACCCGCCCAACAGGCAGCGGCAUCGAGCAUAGUUUAGGUAGUCCAAAAAAAGAAACACGGAAAAUAAUAAUAAACAUAUACAACAGCAACAUACAACAACAACAACAUCAAAAAACAACAACAAAAAAAGAAUGGAAAAAAGGAAAAGCGACAGCAACAACACGAGAUAUAUGAUAAAUGAUACAAUUACGAGACAAAAAAAAUAUAAUAUAUAUAUAACGUAGUGUGUAACCAGGAGUGUCAGAAUUAUGUCAUAUUAUGCCAGUCUAUAUAUUUUAUUUCUGAAGAGAAAAAAAAUCAGUCCCCUUUACACGAUCAUUCGAUUACCUAUCUCUCUAUCAGUCUCUCAUUCUCUAUAUAUAUCUUUUUAACGAUUAGUAAUAUCAUCACCCCGGGUGUGGAUCUCUUGUGUGUGUGUGUUUUUUCUUCUUUUAGUUCGAUUAUCUCAGACACCUUUCCUGCUCUUUGACGUUUAUAUUGCGCGCGUAAUAAGGACGGGAGGACUAUUUCCGAUUUUUUUUUUUUGUAAAUCAUCAUUAUUCUAAAUUAACAUGUAUUUGUAUGCUCUCGUAAAUGUUUCCUCUCGAUCCACCCACAA